AUGGGGCCCCCGGGCAAUAGGGGAUCAUGGGGCCCCUGUGUCCUUGCCCAAACUCAAAAAGCCUAUGAAAAAGUUACCAGGGGCAUCUCAUGGGGCCCCCUACUGACCCCGGGCCCUCGGGCAGAAAACAAAAGCACUCCCAUGACCCAGAAGAGAAGUACCGCAAUUGGUGGGAUCCAUGGGGGGACUGACAACUCAUGGGGCCCCCGGGCAAUAGGGGAUCAUAGGGCCCCUGUGUCCUUGCCCACACUCAAAAAAGCCUAUGAAAAAGGUACCAGGGGCAUCUCAUGGGGCCCCCUACUGACCCCGGGCUCUCGGGCACUGCCCAAGUUUCCAAAUGGUCAGUCCGCCCCU